AUGGCCGCUCCCAAGCGGUUUCCGACCCUCGUUCAACUGGAGCAGCGAGAAGGGACGCCCAUCGAGAUGCUCGGUAACCUCACCAAGCGGCCCUACUGGUUUCACUCCGAGUACCUGAAGAGUCCGAGGGCAGUUCACCUGGAGUCCUGGUUGGUGGAAGCGAUCUUCGGCCCGGGAGGAGAGCACAUCCCGCACGUUGAGUGUGUGUCGCAAACCCUGCUUCACGUUAAUCACUGGGACCCGGACGGCGAGGCUGAGAUCUUGAUAUUUGGCCGGCCUUAUUACCAGAAGGAUGUAUCCAAGAUGAUCAUGAACUUGGCUGACUAUCAUCGACUGGCUUUUGAAGUUCUCACAAAGGCAGUAUAUCAUUCACACACCUGGUCCAUAUUAUUGUUGUAA